AUGGUCCAUGUCACAAAUCCCACCAGUGUUGCCAUCGAUGUUCCUCAGGGCCGAAAGUUGUUUGUUUUUGACCGGGUGUUCGCUGAGACGGUCGAUCAGGAUGGUGUCUGGGACUAUCUCAGCGAUAGCGUCGGCUCUUUCCUACAGGGCUACAACGUUUCGAUCCUGGCCUAUGGCCAGUCCGGCGCGGGAAAGUCCUACACCAUGGGAACUUCGGGCCCCAGUGAACAAAGUGACCCGAAAUCGAUGGGAAUCAUUCCUCGGGCUGCUCAGCUUCUCUUCGAAAAAUUAGAGGGCCCUGCCAAACCCAAUCGCAACAGCGGCACAGGCCUCCGUACUCCGUCCCGCUAUUCUGUCGGCUCCGCCUCCAGCUUUGGGAAGGCUAGCGUUGAGAAGAACUGGCAGCUGAAGGCCACCUACGUUGAAAUCUACAACGAACAAUUGCGAGAUCUCCUUGUGCCCGAAUCAACACAUCAGGGCGAGCGGGGCACAGUCACCAUCCGCGAGGACGCAAAAGGACGUAUUGUACUCACCGGUCUUCAUCAGGUGAACAUCAAUUCAUACGAAGAUCUGAUGGGUGCGCUUAGCUUCGGUUCUUCCAUCCGACAGACCGACUCUACCGCCAUCAACGCCAAGUCUUCCCGAUCACACGCAGUGUUCAGUUUAAAUCUUGUUCAGCGAAAGGCAUCCAACGGUGUCAUGUCCCCGACACCCAAGGAAAAGCGCAUGUCGAUGCCAGUGGAGAUGAUGUCUGGGUCCGAUGCCUCCGUCAUGGUGGAUAGCAAGCUUCAUUUCGUGGAUUUAGCAGGAAGUGAGAGGUUGAAGAACACUGGAGCCUCUGGUGAACGGGCGAAGGAGGGUAUCUCGAUCAAUGCGGGUCUUGCUGCUCUGGGCAAGGUCAUUUCGCAGCUCUCCUCUCGCCAAGCAGGCGCUCACGUCUCCUAUCGUGACUCGAAGCUCACACGUCUGCUUCAGGACUCCCUGGGUGGUAACGCUUAUACAUACAUGAUUGCGUGUGUCAACCCUGCGGAGUUCCAUCUCAGCGAAACCGUGAACACGGUUCAGUAUGCGCAAAGAGCCAGAGCAAUCCAGAGCAAGCCACGCAUCCAGCAGAUUGCCGACGAAAGCGAUAAGCACGCAGUUAUCGAACGACUGAAAGCGGAGGUUGCUUUCUUGCGCCAGCAGCUCCGUAAUGCGGAAGAGAACGGCCGUCGAAGCGCUGCCCCGCAGGAUCGAGCGGAGCGACAGAACGAGCGGGAGGUCGAGCUCCAGAACCAGCUUCUCGAUACGCAAGAGAGUUACAACGCUCUCAGCCAGCGUCAUGCGAAAUUAAUAUCGGAGAUCGCUAGGGACUCCGAACAUGCUGGCGAGACAGACCCCAAUGAUGUGGUCAGCUUGGUCGGGAAAACUUCUGUUGAGCGUCUGAAGCGAUCACAGUCUUUUGCGGAGUCGAUCGAGCAGGUCGUUCUGGAGUACGAGAAGACUAUUCAGAGCCUUGAGUCGUCUCUUUCUAACACUAGGUCCUCCCUCUCAGUAACGGAGAGCACGCUCCUGGAACGCGAGACGAAGUGCGCAUACGUUGAGACCGUCAACUCCCAAUUGCAGGCACGGAUUCAGAAGCUGCUUGAUCGUGAGAACAGCACAGAGACUUAUUUGCAUGAGUUGGAAGCGCGGCUUGAUGGGCAGUCCACUGGCGAAGAGAAGCAAGCGGCUAUCGUGGCCGAACUUCGGAAGGAGCUCAGUCGGGCCCGUGAAAGUGAAGCCAACUGCGAAGACUAUAUUUCCACGCUUGAGGAGCGCUUGGCCGAAGCCGACCAAGAUAUGGAGCUCAUGCAAAGGGAAAUGGAGCGCCUGGAGCAUGUUAUUGAGCGCCAGCGCAGCCUGGGCAAACUGGAUAACCUUUUGUAUGAACUUGACCAUGUCCAGCAGAACGGCAACCAGAAGGAUCUGUCCGAGGACGAGCUUGAGACUCAUACUCCAGUUCCCGUCAAGGGCGCCUACAAGCCUCGCACUCGAGCAACGUCCCUUUCCCUUGAUGUCCUGACCGAGGCAGUGGAGACCGCCAUACCCGAAUCAGACGAAGGCUUGACAGAGCCUACCCCAGAAGCCGUGCGCGAAGCUUCCGUUGAAACUGAGGCGACUGUUGAGACAGACGAGACCAACUUGAAGGUCCUAGAAUCGGCUACUGACCGCCUGGAGGCCCAGGAGAACGGUGCCCGUGCGAGUCGAGCCUCUACUCCCACCCAAACCAAAGUGGUUGCGGACAAGCUGGAGACAGUCACCCAGGAGUUGUUUGACUUGCGUAUGCAGCACGAGUCUACUGUGAGUGAGUACGAGACGCUGGAGGCGAAGUAUGCGGAAGCAAUGAAAGCCCUGGCGGAGUUCCAACGGGACGCCGCCGACGAAGCUCGCCAUCCCGACGAAAAGGUUCAAGAACUUCUCUCCACUAAUGUUGAAUCUCGCCCGGUGUCUUUUUUAGAGGAAGGCAAGGCCCCCGGCUCGAACGAUGGAAAACAACCAUCGUCCUCGCCAUCACUCUCUUCGGAGUUAUCCUUGGCCGGGGAGCCUGCUUCUUCGCACGAGCAAUCUACCUUGAGUAAUGGUGAAGUCCCACAGGAAAACCACGUCGACACUCGAGAGAUAGAUGAAGCGAAAGCCCAAGAAGUGGAGCAGAUGCGUCGCUUGCUCGUGGAGCAUCAGGAGGGUGUUUCGAUUAUGACGCAGAAGUAUGCCCAGUUGCAGUCGGAGCAUGAAGGAACCCUCAGCCUCAUUGAAACGCUGAAGGCCGAACUGCAGCGAAAGAAUUCUUCACCGCCGACCACGCCAGGCUUCAAGUCCCCUGUAAUUCGGAGAAAGACAAGCCAGAGUCUGAUUGGUACUGUCGAUCGGGCUCACCGCUCCCUUGCCGCCUUGCGUAACAUUGCAGUUGAGGAAUUCGAGGCCCGCCCUGAUACGAUGCAGAACUUCGAAGUCCACCUCGACUCGGCUAUGCACGAACUACACAAUCGCAUGGAACGUAUCCAGGCGCUGGAGGCCGAAAACCAGAGCGUCAAGAAGGAAAUGGAGACCAAAUCAACCAUCAUCUCCGGGCUCACUCGUGAGAGGUCGAGCUUGCAGGGAGGCGGCGGGUCCUCGGUCGACAUGGGCCUCGUCAAUCAACUGCGUGAUCAAGUGGUGCAGCAAGAGAAUCUCAUCAACGAGAUGAAAGAAUCACACGACACCAGGGAGAAGCAGCUUCUCGCCGAGAUCGAAGAGUUGAAGAGCCUCCUGAAGACGCAGGAAGAAGCCGCUAAAGCCCAGGAUGUGUGCGCUGAAGAGCAAGAUAGGAAGAUCUCUUCUCUCGAAGGUGAAGUCACGGAAUUGAAGAGCAAACACCAGAACGCUGUUGAAUCGUUGCAAUCUUCCGAACAGGAAUUGAGCGCGACACUGGCAGAGCUCGACAAGGCUUUAGCGUCCAUCGACGCGAUGCGUUCCGAACAGGCGGCCGCCGGUGAAGCAUCUGCCUCGAAGGAUGCUGCCGCUAGAGAAUUGGAGUCCGAGAGGGAGCAACAAGAAGAACUCGUUGCAAAAUUGAAGCAUGUCAUUGAUGAACACAAGGCCACCACUGAUGCCCACCUUGAGAAGAUCGCCUCCCUCGAAAAGUCUCACAGCGAAGCCCAGCUGCAGCUGUCAGAACUCCGGACAGCAAAGGACAACGAUAGCAGCGAGGUCCAAGUACAUCAGUCUCGUGUGUCAGAGCUGGAGAAGGAGAUUGACUCCCACAAGUCACUUGCUGACUCGUACAAGAGGGAACUGGAGUCCCUACAAGAGUCCCACAAGCAGGAGGUGACGGAACUUGAAGCUCGGGCUACAGCGGCCGCGCAGGUUGACUAUGAGUCGCGUUUCGCCACGAUGAGCGCCGAGCAUGAGGAGACGAUGAAGACCCUGAAGUCUGAGAUCCUAGAGUCGCGGGAAGAGUUGACGAAAUUGCUCAAUAUGGUUUCGAAACUCCUCAACGCUGAUGUUACCGCAGAGACCAUGGCGGAGCAAAUUCAGGAGAUCAUGGCUCAGAAGCAGCACUUCUCCGACAAGUACGCUGAGAUGCUGGAUACCAACGAGGAUCUGCGUAAGCAACUUGAGACUAAGGGAUCUGAUGAUGGCCGGCUGGAGGAGCUCAUGCAGAGCAACUCCACGAAGGAAGCGAAGGUCAACGAGCUGGCUCUUCUGGUCGCCACCCUCGAGGAUACUCUGCGCCAGAAGGAAGAGCAGGUCAAGAAGAAGGAGGCGAUCAUUGCCGAAGUCAAGGCCGAAAAGGAGAAGAGUGUCCGCUUGGUGGAGGAGCUGGAGGAACAGAUCACCAAUAGCUUCGACCAGCACCACAACCGUCUCUCCGUCAUUCAACAGGAGCGUGACCAGGCUUUGGAAGAUGCCAAGGUGAAGAUUGCAGCCUAUGAGAAAGAUAUUGAGACAUACCGCGUACGGAUCGAGCAGCUUGAGCUCCAAAUCAAGAACCAAGACAGCUCUCACGACCGCAGCAGCUCGAUCACGUCCAAUCUCCGCAAGAGCUCAUCUGCAACCUCUCUCCCUUCGCCGCCUCCCGCCAUUCCCCUGCCUCCUUUACCGAACAUUGCCUCGGCCACAAACGGCACUGGCAGUAUCUCUCCCCCCAGCUCCCGUCAUACUAGCAAGGAGCUGGUGAACCCACAGAUCGUCGAUGAUCAGGAGGCUCGCAUUCGCACCAUUGAGAAGCACCUGAACGCCGAGAAGCAGCUCACCGCCACCUUGGAAGAAGCUCUGGGCGACCUUGAAGCGCAAAGCAACAAGGUCAAGUCGGAUUGCGACGCUUGGAAGAAGAAGGCUCGGGAGCUGGAAGAAGAACUGACCACGCUCCGCAAGGAGCGCGCCUCCCAGCGCCUCUCACUGCAGGCCGUCGAGGAGGAACGCAACGCUCGCCGGGAGGCCGAAGCCGCCCGGGCGCAGCUCGAGGAGCGGAUGAAUGCGCUCAACAAGAAGAAAAAGAAGAGCACUCUCAACUGCUUCUAG